AUGGCAGGAAUCCAAUCCCAACUCGACCGCGGCGCUGUCCCAAACCACAUCUCCAACGUCUGCCCCAAAGGCACCAAAUUCCACGUCCUCGAAGUCGGCUGGCUCGAAUGUGACGAUGCCUUCGUCGUUCGCGGCGGCAACACCUCGACCUUAUCCACCAAAGACAAGUCCUUCGUCAACAAACGCCGCGAGCUCCCCUGCUACUGCAUCCUGAUCGAGCACCCCCACGAGGGCCUUAUCCUCUGGGAGACCGGCUGCGGCAAGGACUACCCCGAAGUAUGGGGACCCGCGCUGUCCGAUGUGUUCGCUCGCGUCAGGUACGAGCCCCGCCAUGAGCUGCGUGCUCAGGUGGAGGCCACGGGCAAUAAGAUAGAAAACAUUAAGAAGAUCAUCAUUGGUCACUUGCAUCUGGAUCAUGCGGGUGGGCUGGAUGAGUUCAUAGAUCGGCCGGAUGUGGAGAUCUGGGUCCAUGAUCGGGAGUUGAGGAGUGCGUUCUGGAGUGUGGCUACUGGUGCGGACAAGGGGGUGUAUCUCGAGCAUUAUUUGAAGUUGGGCUUGAACUGGAAGACGUUUGACGAUCAGACGUUUGAUUUCUGCCAGGGGAUCACGCUGCAUCAUUUGCCGGGGCAUACUGAUGGUCUCAUCGGCAUGCAAAUCAAUAUGCCUGACUCAGGCACUUACCUGUUCAUCUCAGAUCACUGCCACGUCAUCGAGAAUUGGCGAGAUGGCAUCCCACAAGGUUGGCUGGCCCGCGACCACCCAGCCUGGUUCCGCUCAACACAACGCCUCAAGCAGCUCGAGCGCACGACUCGUGGCGUUGUUGUGCCGGGCCACGACAAGGAGCUGUUCGAGAACUUGAUUGCGAAGGGGACGAGCUAUACUUGA